GAUGGCGGGAGAGGAGGCUACUGGCGCCCCUCCCUCCUCCUUGCCCGCAGAAAAGAUGGAGGCCGGCUGGGGCUGGUUCUGGGGUGACCUGUUGUUAACUUCCCCGGGGGGCCGAGCGGAGGGCGGAGGGCGCCUCCAGUCGCCAGAGAGGCCUGCAUCCGGGUCUCCCGGGGGGGUGGGACAGGCCCGGGACCCCCUUCUCCCCCUCCAAGGGCGAGACACAGGCCAAGUUAAGCAGUCUUGCAUAGAUGGAGACUUGUGGUGAAGUGUGGCCAGAAGGCCAGCACUCCCUCGACGCUUCAGCUGCUGUUCGCACUACCACAAGAACCAUGGAAAGGUGUGCAGUUCUCUUCUCAGACGUAGAAGAUGACCCAUCUCUCCUGACAGACAAUGGGAUGGGCGCCCGGGCCCCUUUCCACUGCUCUGAGUGUGACAAAAGUUUCCGUUAUCGCUCAGAUUUGCGCCGACAUUUUGCCCGGCACACGGAGCUGAAGCCUUUCCAGUGCCCGCACUGUGUCAAGAGCUUUAAGCAUUCCUUCAACCUGGUGAACCAUAUACGGAGCCACACCGGGGAGCGCCCUUACCGCUGCACCAUGUGCCCCAAAGGUUUCCGGGACUCGACGGGGCUCCUCCACCACCAAGUGGUGCACACCGGGGAGAAGCCAUACUGCUGCCCCGUCUGUGAGCUCCGCUUCUCCUCCCGAAGCAGUUUAGGCCGCCAUCUCAAAAGGCAACACCGCACUUCUGCCGCGGCCGCAAUCCCUCAGGCACCCGUGCCCCGCUGCCUGUCCUGUGGCAAAGAGCAGAGCCCUCUGGGCCACCUCUGCAGUGCUGGCCGAGGACGGGCCACUCCCUUUGGAUGCGGGGCCUGCGGGCGGCACUUUCAGUUGGCGUCGGAGCUGCGUCGCCAUUGGCUGGCCCAUACUGACAUCAAGCCCUUCAAAUGCCCAGAGUGUGAGAAGGACUUCAAUGCUGCCUCCCUGUUGGAGCGCCACAAACUCACCCACGUAAAGGGCAAGCCACCACCGUGCCCAGUUUGCUCUGAAAAGGUUCAGCAGAGCGACACGGUGCUAGAAUCACCGAGUUUGGAAGCAGAGCCAAAAGGAGAGCGGAAGGAGGGGAAAGACCCGCAGCAUAGCAGAGGCUGCCCGACCUGCCAGCCUCCAGACACCCGCCCCCAAGAGACUCUGUACCAGUGCGACUGCGGGACCUUUUUCGCCAAUGGCAACACCCUGGCCGCUCACUUGACCGCCCAUGGAGGGGAGCCUUCCUUCACGUGCGGCAUUUGCAGUCAACCCUUUGCGAACUUGCAGAUCCUGGAGGAGCACCAGCUCAGCCACGCCGUCUCUGCUUCGUCGAUGCCGGGGCCGGGCAGCGAGUUGGAGCGCCACCUUUUGCCCCAGCUGGACCUUCGGACAUUCCCCUCUCGACCCGGAAAGAAGCUUUACAAAUGCAGCGAGUGUGAGAAAUACUUCCGCAGCCCCCGGGAUCUGGACCGCCACGUUUUGGUGCACACCGGGGAGAAGCCCUACCAGUGCACCGAAUGCGGCAAAUUCUUCCGGCACGAGUGCUACUUAAAGCGGCACCGCCUGCUCCACAGCGGCGACCGCCCUUUCAAAUGCUCCGUCUGCCACAAAGGCUUCAUCACCUUGAGCAACCUCUCUCGCCACGUCAAGCUGCACCGUGGCAUUGAUUAAUGAGAGAAACCACCAUCUCUG